UGUGGGGCGUUUCACUCGGACUGCCCGGCUGUGUCCGGGUAAGAUGGCGUUGGAAGAGCAGUGCUCGGCACUACCUCGAUGGCGGUCUAUAUCUCUGACACGCGUAGAAUUCCCCGAGGAUGAUCUUACGGGACAAGUGCUGGCCUACAUCAGUCUCUUGCCUAUAGCAAUCCUUGUGGGUUUUGUUACACUCAUAGUGUUUAAACGGGAGCUGCACACGAUUUCCUUCUUUGGUGGGCUCAUCCUGAAUGAAGGUGUGAACUGGCUGCUGAAGCACAUUCUCAAAGAGCCACGCCCAUGUGCAGGGGCUCACAGAACCCUGCCCUCAGAUUAUGGGAUGCCCUCCAGUCAUUCCCAGCUAAUCUGGUUUUUUGUUGUUUACUUCUUUCUUUUCCUUUAUUUAAGAAUGCAUCAAACGAACAACGCUCGAUGUGUGGACUUGCUGUGGAGACACAUACUGUCCAUCAUCCUGUUGGGCAUGGCCUUAUCAGUCUCAUACAGCAGAGUCUACCUUUUGUAUCACACCUGGGGCCAGGUUUUCUAUGGUGCAGUGGCUGGGUGUACGAUUGGGAUAAUCUGGUUCUUGUUCACACAAGAGGUUCUGACACCAUUAUUCCCCAAAAUAGCUGCGUGGCCAAUAUCAGAGUACUUCCUGGUGCGAGACACAAGCCUGAUUCCUAACAUCCUAUGGUUUGAGUAUACAGUGACAAGAUCAGAGGCAAGGAACAGACAGCGAAAGCUUGGAACAAAACUUCAGUGAUCGGCAGAUCUUUUUGUGAGACUGAGUUUAGGACCAUGCACACACAUAAGCAUACAUGCAUACAUACAUGCUCAAACACAACGCUUACUCGACAAAAACACACUGGAGUACCAUCUUUUGGACUGACACGGUUACAAGAAAUAAAAGGCAAAAAAAACAAAAACGUUUACAGGUGGCGAAAGAGUGCCUGGACCUGGACCAGGACCAGAGUCUUCAGCCUGACCCAGUCCGUCCACACGCCUCUCCUCCUUGUACAGCUUGCUCUAAAUGCUCUUCAGUGCAUGCAAGACUGUGCAAGAGGCAUAAUAUUUAACGAUAGAUUAAUAUAUAGAUUUUAAAUAUAAACGCACGCUGACAGUAACAGUGUACUUUAAGAGAUUCAGUGAGCCAAAAAAAAAGGAGGCUUUGGUCAAAUUUCAAGCAAAAUUGGUGGGCGUCAUUGCAGCAUGUAUUUAGUGAUUCAUUUUUUUUAUUUUUUAAAUAUUCUGAAUAGCUGGUGGGGGGUCUGGUUAUGGUUAGGUUGGGUAUAUGUGGGGGGUUUAGCUAUUUAACAUUGUUAUAUAAUAGAAAAAGAACAAUUUCUAAAAUUGGUUAUGAUGUAAUAUAAAUGAAAAUUUGCACUUUGUGAAAUUUACAAGUAAAGGAAAAAAAAAACACUAGUUAAAUGUUAAGAUCCUCUCCCUGUCUUCCCCUCCUCUGUCUUUGCUUUGUAUCUUUGACUGUCAUUCCUAAUAUAUUAGACUUCAAAGCUGAUCUGCGAGCAGUGUCAAUUUAAUGUACUUCUUCUGUACUGUCGAGCGCCGAGGUGGUUUCCGCUCAAGUCCACGUUGGAGGACGACAAGACUGAAUCACUGCAGCAGGUUUCAGUUUUUUGUUCUUGAACACAUGUUGGAUCGAGGUGGUGUUUUCUUAAAGCCUCACACACAGUAGCAGCCUGGGAACAGACUUCUGGGAAUCCUUUUUUUUGUUUUUGUAUCAUUGUUUUAAUUCUGUUUCUUAUCAUGUUUUCUGAUGUUACCGACAACAGUUUUCUUUAUACCUGCAUUUCCAAAAUAACAUUCCAUAUCAUUUAGUGAGAAAACGUACAUAUUGACUGCUGAGGAGAAGAAUAUUUUUUUUGUUUUUUUUUUGUAUGGUUUUUUUCAAAGAAAGGAAAAAAAAAUGCCUCAGGUCAGUCGUAGCAUGCGAUUAUGCUUAAUUCCUCACAGUUUACGGCAGCUGAUGGUGGAAGCUGUUCAGUGAGGAUCUGAAGCUGAUUUAAAAACUGUCAUAUCAUUAGUUCAACAAAGGGAAGUAGUUCUCUUAGAAUUUCCCCCAUCCAUUGUGUAACCUAUAUCAGGCUGAAUAAAAUUGUGUUUAUGUACAAUA